AUGAGCGGCGCGAGGAGGUCUGUGUGGGGGCUCGCGCUGAGCCUUCAUCACCUUCACCAUCAUCCUCAUCAUCAUCCUCACCGUCACCUGUCCGUCGGGAUCGUCGGCGCCCCCUUCUCCAAAGGACAGGCCCGACCAGGAGUGGAGGGGGGGCCAGACCGGAUCAGAACCGCAGGGCUGCUGGAGGGGCUGCAGCAGCUGGGCUGUGAAGUGAAGGAUUAUGGGAACCUAACGUUUGAGGACGUGGCCGACGAGACGGCGCUGGGGCGGCUGAAGAGCGUGCGGGCGGUGGGCGGAGCCAACCAGAGGCUUUCAGCGGCCGUAAAGGUGGCGAAGCAGGACGGACACACCGCCGUGGUGCUGGGAGGAGACCACAGUCUGGCCAUCGGCUCCAUCCACGGCCACUCGGCGGCCGUGGGCCCGCUGAGCGUCAUGUGGGUGGACGCCCACGCCGACGUCAACACGCCGCUGACUUCAGAAACAGGAAACCUCCACGGCCAGCCGCUGUCGUACCUGCUGCACGAGCUGCAGUCCAAGGUUCCAGCCCUGCCCAACUUCUCCUGGCUGAAGCCGUGCGUGUCGGCCAGAGACGUCGUCUACGUCGGCCUGAGGGACGUGGAUCCGGCGGAACACUACAUCCUGAAGCUGCUGGGCAUGAAGGUGUUCUCCAUGUCACAGGUGGAUCAGCUGGGCAUCGCCCGGGUCAUGGAGGAGUCAUGUGACUACCUGUGUUCCAGAGCAAAGAAGCCGAUUCACCUGAGCUACGACAUCGAUGCCAUCGACCCGUCCGUGACUCCGGCGACGGGAACGCCGGUGGUGGGGGGGCUGACCUACCGAGAGGGCGUCUACAUCGCUGAGCACCUGAGCCAGACAGGCCUGCUGUCGGCGGUGGACCUGGUGGAGGUGAACCCCCUGCGGGGCCCGACGGACGGAGCCGUCCAGUCCACGGCCAGCACGGCCGUCCACGUGCUGCUCGGCUGUUUCGGGCGUCUGCGUGAAGGAAACCACCUGCCGGACUACCGCCUCCCCGACCCGUAACCAUGACGACCAGGACGACCAGGACGUCCUUCUGCUCCUCAUUUACACAUUUAAAACACAAGGAUGAUGUGUUUGUUUUAUUUAAUCUUUGGCAGUAAUUUUUAUGUGAUUUAUAAAAUAUGAACAAAAA